GGAUUAGUAAUUUUUCAUAUAAAAUGUGGAGUAAAAUAAAUUUAAUUGUAGUAGACAAUUGCGAUAAUGUUCAUUUAUAUUAUUGUAAUUUUAUAUUUGUCGUUUUACAUUUUCAAAAAAUGGCGGUACAAUUACUGGCAAUCGAAAGGCGUGUACGCCACAGAACCGAAUUUCCCUUACGGGCACUUAGAAGACGUCAUGAAAGGUAAAAAAAAGCGCUUCGAACUCUACGACGAGCUCUACAAAACCUUAAAGAAAAAGGGCUUAAAACACGGCGGUUUGUACGAAGGCCUCACCCCGACAUUCGUGCCCGUCGAGCAAGAUCUAAUCAAGCGCGUAUUCCUGAAAGAUUUCCAGCACUUCGUCGACCACGGAACGUAUUCGAAUCCCGCGGCGGAUCCCCUGACAGGGGGAUUAUUCCAGUUGGAAGGCGAGCCGUGGAGGAAUCACCGCGCCAAAUUAACGCCCACCUUCACCACCGGCAAGAUGAAAAUGAUGUUCCACGCUUUCGUCGAAUGCAGCCGCCGACUCGACGGGCUAUUGGAGAAGGAAGCCCGCUCGGGGGAGCCCCUGCACGUUAAGGAAAUCCUCGCCAGAUUCACCAGCGACAUCAUCGGAUCCGUCGCCUUCGGCAUCGAAUGCAACUGCAUGAACGAGCCGGACAACGAAUUCAGAAGGAUGUGCACCAAAGCGUUCAACUUGAACGGAAAAUUGAAAAAGCUCGCUCACAGGUAUUGUCCACAUUGGAUGCUCAAAGCGCUGCAUUUCAAACUGAACGAUCCCGAAGUCGAGAAAUUCUUCUUCGAUUUAGUCUCCGAUACUAUUAAAUACAGAGAAGACAACAAAGCGACCAGAAAAGAUUUCCUGCAAAUGCUAAUCGAACUUAAAAAUACAGGUUCUGUUAGUGAGGGUGAGAGUGUUCAGCAGGUGGGUAAAACCGCAGGAACCCCUUAUUUUAGCCUAAACGAAAUAGUGGCACAUUCGUUUACAUUUUUCCUAGCAGGAUUCGAAACAUCUGCAACGACUAUGUGCUUUAUGGUAGCUGAGCUGGUACUCAAUCCUGACGUGCAGGAGAAGCUGAGGAAAGAAAUAUGGAAGAUGCUAGAGAAGCAUAAUGGGGAAUUAACCUACGAUGCUAUUAACGAAAUGGUUUAUUUAGAGCAAGUAUUACAGGAGACUUUAAGAAAAUAUCCGCCGAUACCGAUCAUCCCGAGAAUUUGCACGAAAACAUAUCGAGUACCAGGAGAUGAUCUAACGAUCGAAAAAGGAACAUCAGUGCAAAUACCUGUACGUGCGAUACAACGCGAUCCAGAUAUCUACCCGGACCCCGAUAAAUUCGAUCCCGAUAGGUGGAAUCCGGAAAACAACAGCAGAUCCAAUUCCGGUUUUUACACUUUCGGGGAAGGACCGAGAGUGUGCAUCGGCAUGAGAUUCGGGAAAUUGGAGGCCAAAUGCGGGAUUAUAGCGUUGUUAAAAAAUUACAAACUCACCGCUAGCGAUAAAAUGCAACUGCCUUUAUCCUUAAAUUCCCAGUUCAUCAGCGGCGUCGAAGGAGGAGUUUGGGUCAAUAUGGAGAAAAUAACCAAAGCAAAAUAAAAUAUGACCAUUUAUAAAGAUAUAAAAAAUAGUGGUAUUUCUAUAGGCUAUAAUAUUAUAGUUAAAACGAAGCAAAAAAAAGAUAUGGUGUAUUUUUCAUUAGAGUACGCACUAUAAUAG